CUUUGAAGCAGACUACUAAUCUGAUCUUGUGAGCCUCACGUGUAUUAUCAACAACGCAAUGUGCGCAGAGCUUUGAGAAUCACCAUGAGUCGAAUAAUUGUCAAAAACCUUCCACCUCAGAUAAAGGAGGAGAAGCUUCGAAACACAUUUGCAAGCAGAGGUGAUGUGACGGACAUACAGCUCAAGUUCACUAAAGGUGGUGUCUUCAGAAAGUUUGCUUUUAUUGGAUUCAAGACAGAAGUAGAAGCUCAGAAUGCGGUGGACUUCUUUAACAAAUCUUACGUUGAUUCAUCAAGAAUUCAGGUUGAACUUGCCAAAAACCUUGGUGAUGCGAACCUCGAUCGCCCCUGGAGCAAGUAUUCUGAGAAGAGCUCAGCUUUUCAAAAGAAACAGAAAGCUAAGGAGGAAAAGGAAAGCACAGAUGACAAGAAAACCACAGCUACACAGGACACAUUGACCAAGAAGAAGAAAAAGAAGAAAGGCUUAGAAGGUCUAGGGGAUUUGGAAGAUGAUCCCAAGUUCCAGGAGUUUCUAGAAGCUCACAAUGUAAAGACAGCAAAAGGAAUAUGGGAUAAUGAUGCAGGCAUAUCCAAGAAAGAUCAGAGCAAAGGUGACGGAGAUAGGAUGGAUCGGAUCCCAAUGAAGGCAAAGAAAUAUUCAGAUGGGAAGAACACUAUGGAUGAAGAGGAAAGUGAUGUUGAUGAGGAUGAUGACGAAGAGGAAGAAGAGAUGGAGGAGGAGGUCCAGGAAGAUCAGACGAAAAAAGAAGCAAACAAAAAAGAGCUUUCAGACAUGGAUUACUUGAAAUCCAAGAGAGUGAAAGUACAGACAGAGGAUGAAGGGAUUCAGGAUGGGAGCAGUGAAGAUGAAUCCUCUUCAUCUGAUGAGGAUAGUGAGGAGGAAGAAGAGGAGGAGGAAGAAGAGGGGGAGGAGAACAAGAAAGCUGUACAGACAGAGGUUAAGGAAGUUCCCAACGUUAAGGCAUCACCUACUACUGAAAGAGUCCGGAAAAAUAAGGUGAAAUUGAUGAGAAGUGUCAGAAAAGAUGAAAAAUACGAGAGAGGAGAUUUCACCAUUAAAAUGAGAGGGGUGCCUUUCAACGUCAAAGAGGAAGAUGUGGUGAAGUUCUUUGCUCCACUAAGUAUGAAAACCAUUAGAGCACCUCUGAAUGAGAAAGGGCAGAGAACAGGUGUCAUAUUUGUAGAGUUUGCCAGUGAGGAUGAUAUCACCAAAGCCAUGAAGAGAAACAGAGAAUACAUGGGAAGGAGAUAUGUAGAGUUAUUUCGAGAAGAAGCUUGGAAUAAGGAUGCAUACACUAAACAUCAGGAAGAGCCUCCAUGGGCUAAACAGGCUGCCGAACUGGAAAAUUCAGAAGACACUAUUGCUGAGACUGGACGGCUUUUUGUGAGGAAUCUUGCUUACAUCUGCAAGGAGGAGGACCUAGAAUUCUUGUUUAGUAAAUACGGUCCUCUUACAGAAGUGAAUCUUCCCAUAGACACCUUCACAAAGAAGAUAAAAGGUUUUGCUUUCGUCACUUUCAUGAUGCCUGAGCAUGCCGUCAGGGCAUACACAGAACUAGAUGGGACCAGCUUUCAGGGUCGGAUGCUUCACAUCCUACCAGGCAAGGAGAAGAAGGUGGAAGAAGAGACACACAAGGAGGGCUCUUCUUUCAAGAACAAGAAGGCAGCAAAGACCAAAGCUCAGAGUGGAAGUUCACACAACUGGAACACUUUGUUCAUCUCAGCAAAUGCAGUAGCAGAUGUCAUGGCAGCCAAAUAUCAGACUUCAAAGAGUGACAUCUUAGAUACUGAAUCGAGUAGAAGUCUUGGAGUUCGGAUGGCUCUAGGAGAGACACAGAUUGUUGCUGAAACAAGGCAGUUCCUCUUGGACAAUGGGGUGUUACUAGACUCAUUCAGUCAGGCUGCUGCAGCGAGAAGUAAAUCAGUGUUCCUGGUGAAGAACCUCCCAGCAAGUACUACACCGGAGGAGCUGAGAGAGGUGUUCAGUCAGCACGGCAUGCUGGGAAGGGUUCUCAUGCCCCCCGCAGGAGUGACAUCAAUUGUAGAGUUCUUAGAACCAACAGAAGCAAGAGCUGCCUUCUACCAACUAGCUUACACUAAGUUCAAGCAUGUUCCGCUGUACUUGGAAUGGGCCCCCAUGGAUGUCUUUGGUACAUCUAUAAAGAGCUUAGAGAAGACACCUGCUGUGGAAGAAACUAAAGAAGAGAAGAAAGAAGAAUUGGAAGAAGUCAGGAAAGAGGAACCUCAAGAAGAAUCAGAAUCUGAUGAUGAGCACCAAGUACAAGAAGGCAGUGUUCUCUUUGUCAAGAAUCUUAAUUUCAGUACGGAUGAAAGUAUUCUCAAGAAGGCAUUCAAGAAGUGCGGCUCUAUUAGGAACGUGACAAUUGCUCGGAAGAAGGAUACAAAGAACCAAGGUGAGCUAUUAUCCAUGGGUUAUGGCUUCAUUGAGUUUGAGAAACCAGAAUGGGCUCAGAAAGCACUGAAAGAAUAUCAACAUGUCGAGGUCGAAGGUCACAACGUUGAGCUGAAGAUUUCCAAUAGAUCUACUGUUCAAACUCAACAGUCUUCAUCCAGGAAGAAACAGAAAGCCAAGAAGCAGAUGUCGACAAAGAUCCUUGUCCGUAAUAUUCCAUUUGAAGCCUCAUCGAGAGAGAUCAGAGAACUCUUCAUAACGUUUGGUGAGGUGAAGACGGUUCGUCUCCCUAAGAAGAUGAGUGGUACUGGAUCUCAUAGAGGCUUUGGCUUUGUAGAUUUCCUCUCCAAGCAAGAUGCAAAGAGGGCCUUUGACUCGCUAUGUCAUAGCAGUCAUUUGUACGGGCGACGCCUUGUCUUAGAAUGGGCAGAGAGCGAGCAGUCUGUGGAACAGCUCAGGAAGAAAACUGCUGAUCACUUCUCUGAUGGUUCCAACAAUAAGAAGCUCAAGAAAUCCGACCUCACGGAUCACCUCACGUUAUCAUCGGUCACCGAGUAGCAAUCCCACAAUUCCCUUCCCUUCUUGUAUGUAGAUUAGGUAUAAGGUUCAACCUCAAUGUGGACGCAUGCUAGAGUUAAGCCUGGAUUUAACCCCCCCCCC